CGCUGCCAUCGGCGGCUCCCGGCGCCGCCGCCGCCGCUCGCAGCUCGCUCCCGGGCCCGCCGCAACGCGGGGCUGGCGGGAAGAGCCGCCCCCCCCGCCCCCCCCGCCGCCCGCGCCGCUCCCCUGCCCGGUUCGCCGGCCCCGGGCGCGGGGGAGCGGCAGAGCCCGCCGCCCGCCGGGUGCAUGGACAGGAGCUCCCUGCUCCAGCUCAUCCAGGAGCAGCUCGACCCCGAAAACACCGGCUUCAUCGGGGUGGAGACGUUCGCCAGCCUCGUGCACAGCCAUGAGCUGCCCCUGGACCCCGCCAAGCUGGACAUGCUGGUGGCCCUGGCGCAGGGCAACGACGAGGGGCAGGUCUGCUAUCAGGAGCUGGUAGAUCUGAUCAGCAGCAAGCGCUCGAGCAGCUUCAAGCGCGCCAUCGCCAACGGGCAGCGCGCCCUGCCCCGUGACGUGCUGCUGGACGAGACCGGCCUGGGUUUCUACAAGCGCUUCGUCCGCUACGUGGCCUACGAGAUCCUGCCCUGCGAGAUGGACCGGCGCUGGUACUUCUACCAGCACCGCACGUGUCCGCCCCCCGUCUUCAUGGCGGCCGUCACCCUCACUCAGAUCAUCGUGUUCCUCUGCUAUGGGGCCCGGCUGAACAAGUGGGUGCUGCAGACCUACCACCCUGAGUACAUGAAGAGCCCUCUGGUCUACCACCCCGGGCACCGGGCACGCGCCUGGCGCUUCCUCACCUACAUGUUCAUGCACGUGGGGCUGGAGCAGCUGGGGUUCAACGCCCUCCUGCAGCUGAUGAUCGGGGUGCCCCUGGAGAUGGUGCACGGCAUCCUGCGCAUCAGCUUCCUCUACCUGGCCGGCGUCCUGGCAGGCUCCCUCACCGUCUCCAUCACGGACAUGCGGGCCCCCCUGGUUGGGGGCUCGGGGGGCGUCUAUGCGCUCUGCUCGGCACACCUCGCCAACGUCGUCAUGAACUGGGCCGGGAUGCGCUGCCCCUACAAGCUGCUGCGGAUGGUGCUGGCGCUGGUGUGCAUGAGCUCGGAGGUGGGUCGGGCCGUCUGGUUGCGUUUUUCCCCGCCGCUGCCGGCUUCGGGCCCCCAGCCCAGUUUCAUGGCCCACUUGGCGGGGGCCAUCGUGGGCAUCAGCAUGGGGCUGACCAUCCUGCGCAGCUACGAGGAGAGCCUGCAGGACCAGUGCGGCUGGUGGGUGCUGCUCCUCUCCUACGGCACCUUCCUCCUCUUCGCCGUCUUCUGGAACAUCUUCGCCUACGACCUGCUGGGGGCACAAAUCCCCCCCCCUCCAUAAAUCUUCCCCAACCCUUUUUGAUUAUUUUUUUUUUUGAUUUUUUUUUUUUUUUUCCCCCCCUCUCUCUGAGCCACAGCGGAGGGAAGGGGGUCCCCGCGCGUGACAUGGGGACAGGCCACCCCCCACCCCUAACACCAC